AUCAACGAGGUCUACCCCUCUCGAGUCAAGCAAAAAAAGAGAGGGAGAGAAUUCGAUGUUCCAUAUUCCAUGCAGGUAGCGUGGUCAUACCCCUGAUGGACACCCCCGGCACCUCCACCGGUAAGACCAUGCUGACCUGCAUUUUAGCCACAAGAUGAACCCCCUGCCCCCAUGCCCUGUCCAAUAUGCAUGUACGGGCGCACAUCACUGCUACCGGUAGGUACUAGAUAGCACGCUCCGUCGAUCUACACUGAGCGCGGGCAUGACAUGGGAUGGCAUGGACCAUAGCAGGCAUGGCAUUGGGCAGUGCCUGUGUAAAACCCGUUCGUUAGCUAUACCCCGGCAGAUCCCGCCACUGACGGAAAUCUGCCUUGACUUUAUCAUUUUCGUUUGUAUUCUCUCUUCUUGCAAACCACCACGAAAUUUGGUUCAACAGAGUUUAUACCUACCCAUUCGACUUUAGGUACGGCGAUAGAGACAUGAUAACGAUCGCAAACAUCCCGACUCGCUCCAUUUUCGGAAUUUGAUGGAUUUGGAUGAAAGAGAAAAAGACUUAUUUGGACGUCUCUACUAGCCUGAUGAAGCUUUGGAAGGGAGAUAGGUGGUGACCUUGCGCGUCUCCUGUACGACUGCCGAGUUGGUGCGACACAACAGACAAUGUUGACAUAUUUUCUCGCAACCAUCGUCGGGACGCUGCUCGUACCCGAUCUAGUCAAUGCCGACGACAUCGACGCUUUAUGGAUCGAACCAUCACUGCAAUGGUACGGCAUCGAUGGUAAUUGGUCUUCAAUUGGCCUCUUCGUGGGAGAGCCAGCACAGGAGAUCAACGUCACUAUAAGUACGAGCCUGUCCGAAAUAUGGGUUAUUGAAUCUGGCGGCUGUAGUCCUAAUGUCCGUUGCGCCGACGCUCGUGGUGGCAUUUAUAACACUAGCGCAUCGCAAAGUUGGUCACCGCUAGGCGCAUGGCAGCUCGGUUUAAAUUAUCUCGGGCUGGGAGGAAAUGGCGACUACGCGAUGGAGACGGUCGUUGUUUAUGAUAGCGUACGUCGUUGGCAGACCUCCUUUAAUAAGCAGGUCGUAGCUGGCAUCAACAACACCGAUUACUAUACCGGAUACUUUGGUUUGGGUAUUACUCCUGGCCGCUUCAACAACGUUGUUGCACAGAGUCCCAUUGCUGCGUUAGUUGAACAGGACGGUACCAUCCCUAGUCAUAGUUAUGGAUAUACUGCUGGGGCAUACUAUGGAGGUUCGAGAGGAACACCGUUGUCUUUGACUCUAGGUGGUUACGAUACCGAACGUUUCGAACCCCACGACAUCAACUUUAACCUCAAUGCUACUACGAGGCAGCCAGAAGUGCUCAUAAGAGCCAUCACUGCGUCAGUAUCUAAUGCUAGCGAUGCUCCUACUUCCUGGCCAGCCUCGUCCGUGGCGCUAUCAUCUUUCAACGAAUCCGUAACAGCUCUGCUGGACAGCUCAACCCCUUAUCUUUGGCUUCCAGGAUCUAUAUGCGAUCGAUUCGCUGCCAGUUUAAAUCUCACGUGGAAUGAAACUUUUGGGCUAUACUUAUUUCCAGAUAACAACAAUCUUGAGCGAUACCGCUCGUCCCCGGACCUCUCGUUCACUUUCACGCUAUCGAGUGCGGACAAUCAUGACGAUUUUGGACACCCACUCAAUGUUGCUGGAGUUGUGAACAUCACAAUUUCUGCUAAUGCAUUCAUCCAAAGUCUUCGCUAUCCAUUUAUGAACCUUAUCGAGUUCGGUGCUGCAGCAGUACCCUAUUUUCCUCUGAAACGCACUGAGGAAAACGGACCUGUUAUCAUUGGAAGAAGCUUCUUCCAAGAGGCAUAUUUGAUCACGAAUUACGAAACGAGCAGUUUCUCUUUACAUAAGGCCAUAUUUCCGGGGAACCCACUUCGAGAUACAUCGAUCAAAACUAUAGCAGCUUCGAGCAACAGUCCGUAUCCUGGCCCGCCUGCACGAUCUAGUACCGGAGGUGGUCUUUCCCAUUCCCAAAUCGUGGGCCUGGCGAUAGGAGUUAGCUUUCUCAGCAUAAUAGCAAUAGUGGCUUUGUUACUUUUGUGCCGAAGAAGGAGGAAGCCGAAGACUACAGAAAGUUCGGAGGAGGCUUUCAAGGACAAAGCUUCUACAAUCGAUUCGUCGCCACCUACUACCCCCGUAGGUCGUAUAGUAUCUAGGAUAUCGAAGAAUUGCCCGAUUCGCAAAGCUAGAAAGGGGGGUGCCCGCGAAGAGCGGGAGGAGCGCGAUGAACACGAAGACCACGAUUCGGAUAAAGAGCUUAAAGUAUUUGAAUUCGCUGCGGACCAAAACCACGAACGCUAUGAAUUGCCAGCUUCAGGGCCGGUAGAGUUAGACGCUACCAGGAGUAGGGAUAUGGAUAGCAGUGAUGGAGAAUCACACAGAUCGAGCGAUUAUGAGUUUGCAAAAUAUCAAUUGGAACAACAGAGGCAAGGUUUGGUUCCCGAAUAUACUCCUCGUACAGCAGAGUCGCCGGUCAAAACAUACAAUAUCAGUCCAACAUCACAAUACGGUCCAUUAAACCGCAUUACCGAGUCCCCAUCACCAACGUCGAGCCCGACGUAUGAUAAUUCAAGCAACAAUAUGCCUUCGCCACUAAGUUCUCAAAGCGAUUGGACAAAUAGAAUACCAGAUAGCUACUCCCCUCCCAUGGGGUUUGUCCCUUCACAGACGCUCUCACAUUCAACCUCUAACCCAAACCUUACAUACGCACCGUCAUCACCAUCAUCGCUUAGCAGUCCCGGAACAGCUUCGAUAGGCCGUUCUGCUUCAACCACGGGGUUUGGCAUGUCGCUGCAGCCUCCUACAGUUGGGCCGCCUCCCGCCUCAUUCCAGAGAGCACCCAUCGACGCAUCCCGGGUGAUCUGCUUGGGUCCUUUACCGGAUAAUGUUCGCUUACCCAAUCAGCGCCCCCAGCAAUCUACACAAGCUCCUCAGAUACCUCAGUUGUCGAUACCCGGAGUCCUCCAUCUCGACGGCGAAACAUUCUCUUAUCCGCCUAUCCCUCCUAUUCCAACUACCGAGGAAUGCUAUCGUGCUUCCCGUCGCGUGUCUACAGCCGACACUCUAGGAAGCAACUAUACUGUCGAAGAGGAGGCGCGCAUGGCGGCGGCCCGGGAAGCGUCACAUACUCUCGGCCGAAUAGACGGCGCCGAUCUGAUCCACAUACCGCAACCGGCAUCCAAGCGAUACAGUUGGGAGGAGCCAUAAAACAAAAUUUCUUUUCACAUAUCUCCACCCGCAACGUGAUGUUCACGGGAGGCCUUGUCGUUUUCUUAAGACAUUGUAAUUAGUCACAUCGACCUUGCUCGACGCACAUAUUUUCUUCUUCAAUUUCCUUUAUAGACUUGUAUAUACAUACCGAGUACCUACCUUACUAACCAACUAGCAACGGAGUUUAGCGGAGCGGAAUCUUUGUAUUUGCUUACCGUGUUUUCUUAGCGGGAUACAUGCCUCGGCGACGAUGACAAGAGGUAUGAGGGAGUGUGUUUUUCUCUCUCUUUAUUUUUCCCAAAGCAUCAAACUGGCGUUUAAGUCGGGCGGCUGUUAUCGAAAGUUCCCCGCGCACGGUGCCGUGUUGUGUGUGGGGAUGUGCUUGUAGAUACUAAUUACGCUGUGGGACGAGAAAGAGAUUGGACGGACGGAUGGAUGGAUCGUGGGUACUUUACGCUGUUGUGCGAAGAGGCUACGGGUCGGUGAUGUCGAUGUCAAUAUUACUACGAAUGAGAUGUUUGCUGUAGGUAGCGCUUAGGUUACCGUACGGACAAGCUAGUAGAUGAUUAGCUAUACUUAAAUGCCAAAUUACAUAAAAUACU